CGUUUCUAGGUAACGUGAGGGGGUUUAAACAACGCGGCCGCAAGGCGGCCGCUCCCUGCUGGCCCCUCUUCUAGGCCCUUGACCCUCGGAGGCUGAGAGCCAUGGCCCUGCCGCUGCUGCCUGGCAACAGUUUCAACCGCAACGUGGGAAAGGAGAAGUUCCACAAAUCUCAGCAUUGGGGCUUUUGCAACAAUGUGAGCAUGCUGGUGAGCGAGGAUAAACCCGGAAUUGGUGGAGAACUGCUUCUCGGGCAAAAGAUGCAGCCUAAAUAUAGUGUAUUUCCUAAAGGAAUGGGAAGUGAUGCGCCAUCCUGGGUAGCUUUUGAUAAGCAGGUAUUAUCUUUCGAUGCCUAUUUAGAAGAUGAAGUGCCUGAUAAACGCCAAGAAAACUACAGAAUAAGAUGCUAUAAAAUCUACUUCUACCUUGAAGAUGACACAAUUCAAGUAAACGAACCAGAGUUGAAAAAUAGUGGAAUGCCUCAAGGGACCUUUAUCCGACGUCAUCGGAUUUCGCUCCCGCCUCCUGAUGACGAUCAGUUUUAUACUAUGCAUCAUUUCAAUAUUAACAUAGACAUCGUCUUCUAUGGCCGGACAUUCAAGAUUUAUGACUGUGAUACGUUCACAAAAAACUUUUUGAAGAAAAUCGGAGUCAAAGUAAACCCCCCGGGACAGUGUCCAGAAGAUCCUUACAUGAAGAUGCGGAGAGAGACGCUAGACUGCAGGGAGCCCUUACGUCCCUAUGAGUCCUUUGACACCCUGAAACAGUUCCUUGAGUACGACAGGAAGGUUUUACGUUUUUUCUGCCUAUGGGACGACUCAGCCUCGAUGUUUGGGGACCGUCGGGAGCUCAUUCUGCAUUACUUUCUGUCUGAUGAUACCGUUGAAGUCAAAGAAGUGAUGCUGCACAACUCUGGCCGGGAUCCUAUGUUCCUCCAGCGGAGAAAGCUCCCCAAGUAUGGCCCACCUGGAGUCUAUCAGCCAGGCCAGAUAACAGAUCGAACCGUUCUUAAUAUGUACGGUGGCUUGAGAGUGAACCGAGUGGAUGGCUACCUGUUGGAUAAAUAUAUGCUUGGAAAAGUAGAUGAAGAGUUUUACAAAGAUAGUGACCUGUUCAUAGGAGCCACCAUCAACGUGUGGGGAAGGAAAGUGCUUCUUUGUGACUGUGAUGAAUUUACGAAGAAGUAUUACAAGACGAAAUAUGGAAUUGAGAACUUCACCUCGAUUCCAUGCGAGGCUCCACCUCCUCCAAAAAUAGAAAGGAAAUUUCCACCUUACACCGGCUUUGGUUCUGAAGAGGAUUCUCUCCGGUCCUGCAUAGGCCUCGUGCUCAAACCUUACCAGAGGAACUUCAAGAAGUUCAUGGAAAAAGACAGCUAUGGCAAUAUAAGCAAUACACUCCGGUUUUUUGGAAAACUCUUCACACAUAAAUGUGCCGACCUGAACAGGAUGUUUGUUAUUUCGUACUUUCUCAGUGAUGACACGAUUUCAGUGUUUGAGCCGAUAGAGAGGAAUUCAGGGAUUACUGGUGGGAAGUUCUUGAAAAGAAUCCGUGUGAAGAAGCCCGGACAAGAGGUCUUUAAAAGUGAACUAUCAGAAUAUAUCAAGGCCGAGGAGCUGUAUAUCGGAGCCAAAGUGAACGUGAAUGGCUACCUGUUUCUUUUGGUCAAUGCCGACGAGUACACCUUAAACUACAUGGAAACGAAUUCGGAUAAGUUUCCCAUGAGCAGCAUUGAACUUAUCCUAGAAAAGCUGAAAGAAGAAGAAUCAAAAUCCGGAGAGAUCAGGAAGGUAUUUAUAGCGGCUGACUCUAAGCACAGGAAGAUGGUGGAUUAUAAUACAUUCAGAGACAUAAUACUGAGUCUAACUGUUGGGAAACUCACAGAGCAUGAAGUUAUAACCCUUGCACGUCACUACCAGGUGCCUGAGGACACGCGUCCUGAUAUGAAUGUCCUAAUGGCACAGGCCCAUGAACAGCUCAAGAAAAACACUUUUGAGAAUUUUGAAAGACUCAUUGCUACUUGCGUAUAUGAAGAUCGAGAAAAAAAGAAAGUAUUACCCAGCAAAGACAUCAAAAGGCUGUGCAAGUCCUCCAGGUUACCUUUGACUGAUGAUCUUCUGGGAUCCAUACUGUCCGGGUUUAAAGACAGUGAGGAACAAAUAAAUUAUGAGUCAUUUUUCUGCGCCCUGAACUGGAGAAUGAAUCCGAUGCCCGAAUUUGAAGCACCAUCGUACUUGAAAGAGAGAUGUGAAGAUGAGUGGCUUGGGAUGCCAUCACCUAUUCCCGUGAAAUAUGUUAACUACGUACGCAUUUUAAAGGAUGUGUUCGGCUUAGAGGAGGAGUAACCGUAUGCCAAUUUUGGUCACCUCCCUUUGAUUUCCUGCUCUCAUUUUACUAAGUUUAUUUCAGUAGAUAUAAUUUCAUUUAAAAAAAAAACAAGGUUCAUAUUGAAUUGAAAUCUAUAGGCCACAAUUAAUUCCCUUUUGUCAUUUUAGUUUUUCAGAACAUCGUAUUACAUUUCUGAUGUACCAGCAUUAUUUAAAAUGCCAUUUAAAGAAACGUCAAACAUUUUUAUUACAUGUAUGAUUUAUUAAUACCAAAGAAUCUUAUGGUAAUUUUCUAUCCAACAUAAUUUGUUUCGUUGCAACACAAAAAGAAAAUUACUUUUGACAGCUAUACAUGACAAUAUAAAAUCAAAUUAUAUCUGAGCAAUAAGUUGUGAUUCUAUUAAACAUUUCUUGAAAUCUUUUUGACACAUGUUUAUUACUUAUAUAAUUAAGUUUUGUAGCAACCCACCUUAUCAAAAUAAUCCUUAAACCUCUCUAGAGUGAAUGUAUUUAUUUUCUGAAAUUAGCAAAGCUAUGAGAAGGACUCCUGCCCUUGUCCUACAACACACACGCUCACGCUCACACACACACACACACACUCUUGCACACUUAAAAAUUUGAGAGAGAAAUUGAAACAUUUGCAGUGUUUAUAUUUUUAAUGCCCUUUUUAUAUCUAAAGUUAGCUGUUAACUUAGGAUUAUAUGCAUGUGUAUAUAAUUAUAGUAUGGCCAAAAAUGUUUUAUGUCUAAAUUAUUUAGGGAUGUGAAUGCUGAAGAUUUUAAGAGAUCCUUUUUGGUUUGUUCUCCGCACACACGUACCACCCACCCCAGGGGUUUAAAUAUUCUAGGACUAUAGCAUGUUUCCCUCCUGCUUUUUCUCUAGUUGUAUUUUGAUUUUUCUUCUAGGCCUCUACAUUCUGAGUCUCAGCAGAACUUUUGUCAUGUAGUGUAUAUUUGAUUAAAACUCAUCACCACAGACCUCUGGGAAUUCGUUGUGAGAAGUUUGUCCCAAUCUGCCCCAGUCUUUAGUGUUGGAUGCCGUGUACCCUAAAUCCAGGUGCCUGGUGUUCUCAGACACAGUAGAAGCCUGUGGAAAAGGGGGGCUUCCACAUGUGCCUUUUGGGGACUGCUUUGAGGAGGGGAAAAGGAACUGAUGACAUGUCAAGGGCCCCGGCCACCUCAUUAUUCCUUCACUCCACAUUCGUGGCAUCUUGCCUAGAAAUGAGCCAGCUUCUUUGGCACUCAGAGGUACUGAUUUGGUCGACAACAAUGGCCCUUUCUUUCUUUCUUUUUUUAAUUGAAACUAAUCAAUAAACUAUUUCUAUAUAUAAACCUAGGGUCAUUCUCCAUGUGCCUCUGUUAGAAUAGACCCCAUAGGACUUUCCAAUAAACUAGAAUACUCAACUUAUAUACUAGGACCAUUUACCCAUAAAAAUCUAAUUUUGGCUACUUGAUUUUUAUUCCAGUUUUUUUUUUAAGACAACUGACAGUGCCAAGCCAUUUUGUCACUUUAAGAUUUUUCAUUCCCCAGAGAGCAAGCUUUCAGAAGGAUGACACUUUCCUGGAACUUUUCAGGCUGACACGUUUAUCACUUACCUAUUCAACUCUUCAUUCAGUUGUCUUUCCCUCAAGAUUUUAAAGACGUCGAUAAUUUAGCCCUUGUACAGGCUUGUGAUACAGUUCAUUUGAGAAGUGGGAAGAGAAGAGGAGAAGCAGCAAACCAGUGAUAUGUUCUUGAGUUUGUGGGUUGACAAUGGCUUGUUCUAUUACAUAGAUGUGCGUCUCUGCCCUGGUUGUUUGCAGUUCAAGCCCACAAUUAGCAAUUAAGGGGCCAUUAUAGGAAUCAUGCCGAUAAACAUGAUACAUUGCAGCCAUACAGACACUUUAAAUAAUUAUUCUUUUUAUAACUAAAGCAUAUACUGAAGGAGAUUUAUAAUUUAGAGAUAAUAUCCCCAUUAGUAAAGUUUAUGACCCAAUAAACAGCUCCCACUAGUUAAUAAAUGCCAAAGCCGUAAAAACAAAGACUAUUAAUGUAAUAGAAUUUCUGUACCUCCCUCUUUUGCUGGUGGUCUCAAGGCACUGAAGGGAAAUGCUAUCUUAGGGAAAACAUUUAUUCUUGUUAUAUAAAUAUCAAUGAAUUGUCUUACAGUCCAUCUGGAAAUCUCCCAGCCCCGCCUGGGUCCUAGGUGGUCCCCAAAUGCUGAUGUGUUCCGCUUAGGUUUCGAGCCUUAGAUAACUCUGGUUUUCAGCACCAGUGAACCUUGUGACUCAAAUCUUUGUGGGAGGUGGCGAAGACCGGCUGGAGUUUUUGCCUCUUCGUUUCCCUCUGAAAAAGAGAAAUCCCAACUAUUACCAUUAUUUCAGAGGAAGAACUUUGUAAAGUUGCCUGGUUUUGGCAUACACUUAAAUUUUUAGCUGCCUCUUCUCUUUCCUCUGAAAAAGAGAAAUCCCAACUAUUGUCAUUGUUCCUGGGUAAUCAUUUGAAAAGAA